UUAAGACUGCCAUACCUCUGACUUUCCUCACAUUAUCUGCCUCAUCUUGAGAGACUUGGCAAGAGCAGCUACGUGUCUGCAAGCAAGAUAAACCAAGCUCUGAUUAUGGAUAAGAAGUUGGACCUGUCCAGACUAACAGAAGAGGAGGCUAAACAUGUGUGGGACGUCAUUCAGAGAGACUUCGACCUCAGGAAGAAGGAAGAGGAGAGGCUGGGGGAGCUUAAAUCCAAGAUUGAGAAGGAGGAAACAAAGAGGGAACUCCUGGGGUCUCAGUCAAAUCUGAGUGACUCUCACUGCAUCCGCUGCCUGCAGCCCUUUAAGUUCCUGGUGAACAGCAAACGGCAGUGUAUGGACUGCAAACUCUACACCUGCAAGACCUGCAGCCGCUACAACAAGAAGGAGCGUGGCUGGGUGUGCGACCCCUGCCGCAUGUCCAGGGUCCUAAAAAUUGGAACCUUGGGGUGGUACCAUGACAAUGUACGCUCUCGCUUCAAGCGUUUUGGCAGUGCAAAAGUGAUGAGGUCACUGUACAAGAGAUUAAAUGAAGAUGGGCAACGUGAUGAUGACACACAGAGCAUGCCUGAUGUGCGCAAUGUGUAUAAUGGUCAUCAUGAUGAUGAACAUAUGGAUGCUGCUGAAGCUCAACGUUAUAAGCAGAUACGAAAGACCAAGCGUCUACUCUCUGUCCACCCCAUGGAUCUUGACAUGGACGACUACGCCACUCACUCUCGCAGACAGUCUGUGCAGUACAUCCAUGAAGAUAGAGGUCAGCGGAAUGAUCUAGAAUACAAUUCUGACAUGUACCAUCACCAUCAUCAUCGCAUGAACCGCAGGAAAAGCCUCGACAGGUUCUUGCGCCCAGAUGAUGGCUUGUAUUCUGAAAACAGAAUGGUACGCGCUCGCUCGCUCUCUAAAAUCAACUCCUCUGUGGCUCCGCGCCAGAUCUACCUGGACACUUCAGAGGAGGAAGAUAUGUUUCGUUACCCCGUGUACCAGCUGCCCCCACGACGCCGCAGUCGAGCUUCAUCUCAGGAAAACAUUCAUCAGGGAGCACCACCGAUCAAUGAACUGAGCAAGAGAAUGUCUGCCAUUGAGAGUCUUUUGAAUCGACUGGAAGAGAAAAUGACUUUGCCUUCUGAUCAGCCUGUUCAGCCCACAGCAGGGCAGAUGGAGGAGGAGAAGCUUAGGAGAAAACUAGAUGAGCUGAUGAGCGACAAGGCGCUUUCCUCUGAUGAAGAUGAGCCGAAGAGACCUCCUCAGUCCAAAGGGUCCACUGUGAGGGGGGACCAGGCACCAAUGGCCCCUGCGUCCCAAGAUCCCUUGAGCUCCUCCAGUGAUGAAAUGCCCACUGAAGCACAAAAGGUGUACAUGACUUCAGGGAAGUCCUUUGAUAUAACGAAAAAGUUGCAAAUGAUUGAACAGAAUGCUAAGAAUCACUACAGAGGCCCGCUGACUGAUUCAGAGCUCUCUGAUCUGGAGGACCAGGUUGCUUUGGCAGCCGCUAAAGUUCAGAGCACAGAAAGUGAGGUCUCAGACAUUGAGAACAAGAUAGCUGCUCUAAGUGCUAAAGGAUUAUCAAUCGAUAAAGCCAAGAAAAAGGUGAACUGA